GCCUUUGCUUCCUCCUAUCGCCCCUCCUAUCCGGUUCCGGGUCAGGGCGGUGGUGGGGCCGGGAGGCGUUGGGGUCUCUCCGCUGCCCCGGGCGACUCGGAGCCGCCGCCUGGAAGGAUUUAUUCCCCGUUCGUUCUUGGCUCACCAGGAGUCUGUAUUAGCUACUGAGGCAAGGCUGAGGAUGGAAGGUGUUGAAUUUAAGGAAGAGUGGCAAGAUGAAGACUUUCCAAGGCCCCUACCAGAGGAUGAUAAUGUUGAAGCAGAUAUACUAGCUGCAGCUGGUCGACAAGGCCCACAUGAAGUGAAUGGAAACAAAGUUAGGAAGAAACUAAUGGCUCCAGAUAUUAGUUUAACACUGGAUCACAGCGAGGAAUCGGUAUUGUCUGAUGACUUAGAUGAGAGUGGGGAGGUCGAUUUGGAUGAUUUAGAUACUCCAUCUGAGAACAGUAAUGAGUUCGAAUGGGAAGAUGAUCUUCCAAAACCAAAAACUACUGAAGUAAUUAGAAAAGGAUCGCUUCCUGAAUACACUGCUGCAGAGGAGAAAGAUGAUGGGCGACGCUGGCGUAUGUUCAGGAUUGGAGAACAGGAUCACAGGGUGGACAUGAAGGCAAUUGAACCCUAUAAAAAGGUUAUCAGCCACGGAGGUUAUUAUGGUGAUGGGUUAAAUGCGAUCGUUGUGUUUGCUGUUUGCUUUAUGCCUGAAAGCAAUCAGCCUAACUACAGAUAUCUAAUGGAUAAUCUAUUUAAAUAUGUUAUUGGCACUUUGGAACUGUUAGUAGCAGAGAACUAUAUGAUAGUUUACUUAAAUGGUGCUACAACACGGAGAAAAAUGCCAAGUUUAGGCUGGCUCAGGAAAUGUUACCAGCAAAUUGAUAGAAGCUCAAAAUUCAGCCAAAAAAUUAGAUAUGUCUUUACCCUGGCAGAGCUAGCUGAACUCAUCCCCAUGGAAUACGUUGGCAUACCAGAAUGCAUAAAACAGUAUGAAGAAGAAAAGUUUAGAAAGAAACACAAAAGAAUUGACCAAGAGCUUGAUGGGAAACAAGAACAGAAAAGUGAACAGUAAGUUUGGUAUCCAGACAAGACUGAAGACUGUGCAGGUGGAAUGAUGCUCUUUUCUGCAGUUACAAUGCAUUCAUUAGCCUUUAUUAUGUAACCUGUUAUAAAAGGUGCCUUGAUAUAUCUCUGGACUUGUACACAAAGGACUGUUCUCUACAGUAUUGGUUUGCAAAUCUCGGGUUUAAUUCUUGACUUCAAUAGCUACUUUACCAUGUAAUCAUUUUAUACUGCUAAAUGUCAAAGAACCGUAUGUUUAUAGGAGGCGUUCUUGCAAUUAUCUAAAUGAUGCAUGUUCUUCAGUAAAAUAUUUAUAUACCUAAAUGUUAAAGGAAAGAGAUAAUAUAUUUUUAUGACGUUUUGAGCAAUAUUUUAUUAUGUUUACCUGCAAAAUGAAUUCUUUUGCAGAUAGACAAGGCCAUAAAUGAGUGCUGUCGUUAUUUUGUAAAGUGCAUGAUGAAUGUUUUUUGCUGUAAAUAGUUAAUACAUUUCCUGAGUGAUUUAGAAACCUAAUGAUUUUUAUAUGCUAGUGUUCACAUAGUGCAGUUGUGUCUCAUAAAUGUGAAGAUGAACAAAAAUGAUUAUGUAUCUAAUACAAGUAGAACUCAUUUACACUCCCAGAAUGAGUUUGAGCUUUGGUUUGUCUUUGUUUUUCUUCAACGUACAGAUUUGUAGCUCUGUGAAUUUCAGCUUAUUGGCUACCACCUUUUAGCCUAGUUAAGCCAUACUGGGGACUAAAUAGUUCAAAUGACUAAUAGCAUAAUGAGCUUUUCACCAUUAGGUCACUAGUUUAAAUUCUGCUCAGGUGUUUAGUAGAUAAAAGCUGUCUAGUCAGUGAUCAAUGUGAAAUGAGCUCUGUCUUGUUACUCUUGGAUGAGUGUCAGUUGGCACUAACUGAACCUCUGUUCAGUCUCAGCAGACACACAAAGAAUUGCCUGGGCAUGGAGCUGAACUGUCCUUUCAACCAUAAAAGUUAUCCAUUCAGGCCAAGAUUGAAGUACCCUGGAGAGGAGGUGUGGAAAAUCUUGCACUGCCUUUACUUUGUAGACGGAGAUCUUCCAUCUCCAGUGUUAUCUGGCACUUCUCACAAGCACUAAAUUCACUUUAAAGAAUGUAAUGAGUCUGGUUUUUUGCUGUGGUUAUUCAAGAUGUGUCCACACGUUUUCACUUGGUGUUCUUGGGCACAUAAAUUGACUUUUGUAGGUUCUAUUAGCAUAGCUAAAUUAUACUAUGUUCUGGGCGAAUCAUGUAAUGAAAACAUGUAGAACUUUUAAAAUCUUCUAUUUGGUAAUCAUGCCUAUUUUGCCUAUUGGUGUAUGCAAAUAAAUCCAUUCAGAAGUUAAACAUUUAAGUGACAUUGAAACAAGCAUUAAAUAUUUUCAUUUCUGUUUUUACUGCAGUGCUCACUACUUUUGUCCUAAUAAUAAAAUCAAAAAUCCCCAUCUGAUAUUAUUCCACACUUCUAAACAGUAUAUUCUUGGAAAUAGUAGUAGUAUCACAGGUCUUACACACAAUCAAAAUAAAUCCGGUAUACUUACAAAAGUAAGACAGAUUUCAACUAGAUGGUUACUCAUCAGUGAGGUAUAACACUCAUAGGCUAAUCAUACAACUGGGACUUACUAACCUUUGGAUCCUUGCAGACUCCUCGCCGUCUCUAAUCAACUAUGCAUAGGUGCAGUACUAGCUAAUUCUGAUGCCAGGUCAGGCCAGUAGUGUGCAUCUGAACUUAACAGAGAUCUGUUUAACAUGCAUGAUUCAGGGAAAUCUGUCUCAAGGCAUACAUAUUUUGCUUAGGUCAGCAUCUGUCUCCAACAGUUUGUGCAGAUUAAUAUGCUAUGUCGUCUGCCUAAAUAGGCGACCUUAUUUUGAAGUUGCCCUAUAUGCAUUUUUGUAAGGCUUCUAUUUUGGUCUGAAAGCAAAGAACCUAAAUGAAGAUACUUUCUUCUGGAGCUAGGGCCUGAUGGACAACCUUGAGCAAGUUACUUCAUCAUCUUAUACCUCCAUUUCCUCACUUGUAAAAUGGAUAUAAUGAUACUCACCUUUUUUUUUCUAAAGCAUUUUGAGAUCUACAAAUGAAAACAGCUACAUAAGUGCUAGGUGCUAUCACUUCUAUUCCUCGUUCUAUUUUUCAAGUUAUAUCAACUCCAGCUUAUUGGCUGAAACCUUCCCCAGCCUGGAAAAUAAAAUUCCAAUACUGGCCAAGUGCAAGGUGUAUGCAUGCAUGCAAAUUGGGAAUCUUUGAUUUCAUUUUUCGGGCCUUAAAGCUGAAUAGAUUUAGAUCUCGAAAAAGCCUGGAGAAUAAGAAGGGAUCACCAUCUCAUUUCAGAUUUUUUUCUUCAGAUAAAGAUGACUUCUACCAAAAGCAGUUCUUCUAGAAGUAGGGUCUGACAGUUGACUUGCAUUGAUAUAGUAUGAUACAGUUAAAUCAGUCUCUCAGAUUAUUGAAAGAUGUCAUUUGUUGUAUGUAGUGGAGAACACAAUAGCUAAAGAUGUUUCAAAUAGAAAAAGGUUGGUAGAAUUUCUACUGGCUAUAGACAUUCUUUCUCCAUCUUCCUCGUUGCUUCCUUUAACCCCAUGCUUGCUUCUCCUUUCCUCUUACCUCUACAAAAGCUGCAUGCCAAGAAUCUUAAACAGCAGUUCAAACAGUACAUAUGUUGUGUAGAAAACCUAGUUCAUACUGUAUUUUGUACUUGACCAAAUGUUCAGUAAUUUUAAAGGUGACUUCCAAAGGGUGGGAAGGUUUGUACCUUUCUUCUACUUUAUUGUGUGAUUAAAGGAAGUCUGAGAGGUAUUUUUUUCUGCCUGCUUUUUCAUGUGUGUAAAAAGUCAAGUUUUGUCUAUGCUGUUUUUCUGACCGAUCCUCUACACUGGAGCAUUAAUUGGUUUAUGAUAGCAGAGAUGCAAAGGAAGUAAAAUGUGAUUAGGUGUUGAAAAACGAGUUCUAUGCAACCCAAAUAAAAUUUUCUCCUCAAUUAAACUCAAAUGCCUAACAAAUUGCAGGAGAAACUUUUUGUUAAGACUCAGACCUCCCUCGCCCCAACACACUGAGGAUUUAGUAUUCUGGGACUUCUAUGAGAAUCCCAGCAAAAACCGGGAAGCAAAGACUAGAUACAGAUUUUUUUUUUUUUUUUUAAA